ACAAACUGGGAUGUGCUACUUGCUAAAUAUUUGAUUAAGCUAAAAUAAAAAGCCAAAUAAUAACAACAACAAAAACAAUCAAUCGAAAAUGCGCGUGUGACGAAGAGAGGGCGAGUGAUGAGAAAAAGAGAGGGAGGAGAUUAGCAUUCACACACACACACACACUCAAACGCUGACGUCGUCGCUCUGUCUGCUCUGUGGAGCAGUGUUGCCAGCCCACAACACGGCUGCCCGAAAAUCCCAAUUAAAUAAUUGAUGUGUUCGAAUCAGAAUUGGAGUAUCUAAAGCAGGGCUUUCAAUUUACAUACUCCUUAUUCCCAAUUCGGCUUAUUGGCAUUGGAGCUCUGCUGCUGAGUUGGCAACACUGGCCCCCAGAGAUAGAGAGAGAGCAAGCGCGAGAGAGAGAACGUGACAUGCUGGGGCGCUCAUUUCAAUUUUCCUCAAUGAACACUUUUCACGGUUUUCGAUUCGUCGGCUCGCGCUUUCCACAGUCGUGCGUUGUUUUGCUCGUGGAAAAGUUGUAAAGCCCAGCAAACUACAAAUACAUAAUAUAGCCAACAUUUAUUCGCAGUGCAUGUGCAGCGCGGGAGAGCGACACCCAGCCCAGCGAGCUGUUAAAUAAUUUUUAAAGUGUUUGUGUUUUUAACGUGUACAACCGAAAAUUCUAUGCCUUUUGCAUAACAAAAACAAACCGAGCAAAUAAAAAAAAGUGGUGAAAAAGCCAUACUCACAGACACACUUAACACACACAGAGAGAGAGAAACGGACGCCUACGUCAAUAAGCGAAAAACGGAAGGAUGCUGCUGAUGUCACCGCCGUUGCAGUAGCAACACCAGCCGAAGUAAAACACAACCUACCCACUCCACUUCCCCUCCCAACAACAAGCCACACACAUGUUGCUGCCACAACUAAGAUGCUCAGCGCUGCCAAUGCAACUGCAACAGCAACACAUGGAGGAGGAGCAGCCGCGAUUGCCGCAGCCGAGACUUAUGUCAUAACAAACAAACAGCAGCAACAGCAGCAGCAGCAGCAACAAGUCUUUGUUGUUGCCGCCAACAAAAUGGUGAUACCAGCAACGGGAGCAACAAUCGCCGGUAUACCAACAGCAACAACAACAGCAGCCGUCGAGUCAACAGCAACACAGCAACAUCAGCAGCAACACCAGCAACAUGUGCUGUUCCAGCCGCACCUACAGACAACAACAGCAGCAACCAGCACACCUCAGCAACAGCAGCAACAGCAACCACCUCAGCCGCGGCAACACCCCAAGAAGCGAAAGUUCGAUCCAGCAGAGCUGGACAAAACCGAGCAGCAUCUCCAGCAGCAGCAUCCCCAGCAACAGCAGCAACUGAAUCUGCAGAAGCAGCAGAAACCCGCCGACACAAAUGGCAAUAGCGAUGGCCUGGCUAACGGCAAUCAGCUGCAUCGCAUGAUCGUGAGUUGCGGUGCAGGCGCCAGCAACAACAGUAGCAGCAGCAACAGCAAUAGCAGCGAUAUCAAGCAGCAGCAACGUAUUAUCAUUGCAUCCCCGCUGCAACAUGCCAGCGGUAGUACUUACAAGCAACAUGUUGUCAGCGGCAACAAUAGUCACGCAGCCACAAUUAAUCAUCAGCAACGCACACACACGCCCACAACCGCCGUCUACUACCAACAGCAACAACGUUUUAGCUUUAACUCAAACAAUCAGCAACAUGUACAGGAACAACACCAGCAGCAGCAACAGCAGCAGCAAUCCCUGCUCGAUCUCAGCGAGUGGAACAACACGCGUGUCCUAGCCAAAAUCCACAAUCACUAUGCCCCCGGGAUAAUACGUCCAGUGCUGGAUACGUCUCCCGACUCAAUACUCGUGGAAUUUGAUUCCACCGAAUUGGGAUUGCUGUUAUAUCCGGAUGUGUUGCACCAGGGACGCAACCAUGUGAUACUCGAUGCCAGUCCGCCCAUGGCGGAUAUUACGCUGGAUGCCCGUGUCUGUGUGCGGCAACGGGUGGAGGGUCGUGGCUCCGGCAGCUUCGUCUACGUGGAGGGCAUCAUUACGGACAUCAACCAGGCUACGAAGCAAUAUAGCGUGCAACUGAUCGGCGAUGAAAUGGCCACCACUAAGGUAGUGCGUCGCGCCGAUUUGAGGCUGCUCCAGCCGCCGUGGUGGGAUGAGCUCAACGAACUGACGCCUACGGGUGGAGCCACCGUCCCCGCACCCAGUGGCAAGCGGAAGGUGUCGGCGGGAGGAGCAGGAGCAGCAUCUGGCGAAGCGAUGGCCGUGCCCAGUGGCAAUAUCGUUUACCCGAAAGCAGCCACCGGUGCGCCAUUGACCUUUGUGGCCACCCGCUAUGACGGCAAGCUGCCCACGGCACCUCCCACGCCCACCCACCAACAGUCGCAGCAGCAUCUCGUAAAACAAGAAGAGUAUUAUCGGACGACGGCCACGUCGCCGUUCCAGACGCGACCCCCAUUCGCCGGCCCUUCCCAAGGAUCGGAGCAAGUGGCCCAGGCGGCGCAGUCGCAUCCCCCGCAGACCAACGGCCUGCCGGACCUCGUGAUCUCCCCGGGCAGCAAUGGGCAGCACCCCAAGAUGCAGCAGCAGCAGCCACAGUCGUCGCGGGGCUACGACGACUACGACUCGGACGACGAACUCAAACGGGUCGGCAUCGGAUACUCGCCAGCAGCCGGCGAGCUGGACACGGAGAAGAUGAGCGCCUGCAGCAAGCGGAGCAGCAUGCAGAGCCGCGGCAGCACGUCCAGUCUACUCGACCAGAGGCUCACACCACGAUCUCAUCCAGCAACACCAAGAUCUCAGGCCACCACGCCGCACCGCUUCAAGAAGGGAGACAUCGUGGAGUCGGAGUCCGGCGUGCGCAAGAAGUACAACGGGAAGCAGUGGCGCCGCCUGUGCAUGCUGUGCACCAAGGAAUCUCAGCGGCGCGGCUUCUGCUCCCGGCAUCUCAACCAGAAGGGCAAUAAUAGCGCCCUGCCUUCGUCCACGGGCCCGGGACGUCUACUAAGUGACAGCCGAUCAAGCAGCAAAACGCAGAUCGAUGAGGACACCUCUCGCGAUUCGGAGACGUCGCCUAACUAUCGGGUCAAAGGUCGCUACGAUCAGGAGGAGACCGAUGCGGCCGUCAUGCUGGUAUCGCUGAGCAGCUCUCGAUCUGCCACGCCCUCGUACACCUCACCUGUGAACCAUGCCGGAGUGUCACCGCUAAAUGCCAUUGCCCAUUCGCCGGUUAAUGUGUCCGCCAGUCACAGGCAGAACUUUUUCACGCCCAUCGCCAACCAGUCGCAGCAGCAACAGCAACAACAACAGCAGCAACCUGUGGCCGUACCGCUUGACUCCAAGUGGAAAACAACACCCAGUCCGGUACUCUACAAUGCCAACAACAACAAUAAUAACAAUAACAACAACAAUGGCUGGGAGGCGAGCAGCAGUAGCAGCAACAGCAACAAUACUCAUGUUGCAGCUACGACAGCAACAUUGGUUGCUGGCACACAACCACUGCCGCCGCAAACGACACCCGUUUCGCUGGUGAUGCAUGCCCCACCGCCGCACCACCAACUGCAGCAACAGCACCACCAACCUCCGCCGCCGCCACCUGCCAGUUUGCCAGCUCCAGCGGUACCACCCACCAGCGGUAGCAGCAGCAGCAACAACAACAACGUGGGUCAUGCCACCAGCGUUAUACGCAUCUCUAGCAGCCAGCAGCAACAUCAACACCAGCAGCACCAGCAACAUCCACAUGUGGUAGUAUCCGGCGGUCAGUCCUUUCAUCCCGUGAUUGUGGACGCCACACAGCUGACAGUGCCCCUGCCGCCCACAACGGUUUCAUUUCAUCAGCCAAGCACGCCCACCUCAACAGCGGCAACAGUGGGGUCCUUAGGGCAAGAUAAAAUGCUGCCAAAAAACGGCUACAAUGCGCCCUGGUACAAGCUGCUUCCACAAAUGACCCCUAUGAGCAAAGCGCCGGCAGCUCCGGCCACCCCAACCUUGACCACUUCGGGCAGCAACUACAGCGUGGUGAUGAUGCAGCAACAGCAGCAUCAGCAACUUCAACAACAGCAACAAUUGCAGCAGCAACAGUCGCCGCCGCAGAUGCCGCUGAACCACAACAACAACCAUCUGAUUGUGCCCGCUCCACUCUGUUCGCCGGGAAAGCCGCUCAAUUGCUCGAUGAACGAUGCGAAGGUAGCGGCAGCAGCAGCGGCUGCAGUGGCAAACCAGAGGCAACAUCAGCAGCAGCAGGAGGAGCCGGAAGAUCAGCUGGACGAUGAUGUGUUUGAGCCCACUACGCCUGUGAUCGCGAGUAGCAGUAAGAAACAAACGGUAGCCAUGCGUCUGCAAGCCCACAACAGCAACAUACGCAAGCUGGAGGAGUGCCAUGAUGCCAGCGAUGGAGUAGCAGGUGCCCCAGCCACUUCGGCUGCCAAGCGGAGGAGUCAAUCUUUGAGCGCUCUGCAGCAACAGCAGCAGCAACAACAAGCGGGAGCGGCCGGAGCAACGGCUGGACAGCCGGCAAACAAGAAGAUCCGGCGACCCAUGAAUGCCUUUAUGAUCUUCUCCAAGAAGCACCGCAAAAUGGUACACAAGAAGCAUCCUAAUCAGGACAACCGUACUGUUAGCAAGAUCCUGGGCGAGUGGUGGUACGCCCUGAAACCAGAGCAGAAGGCGCAAUACCAUGAGCUGGCCAGUUCCGUGAAGGAUGCGCACUUUAAGCUUCAUCCGGAGUGGAAAUGGUGCUCCAAGGAUCGCCGAAAGUCGUCCACUUCGACGGCCACGCCUGGUGGCAAGGCAGGCGGAGCAGCCGGCACGGGUGACGCCAAGCAGCGCCUGGUCUCGGUGGAUGGCUCCGAUUCCCUGGAGCACGACAUGUGCCCCUCGACGCCAGGAGGCAGCGGCAGCUGCGGUGGCCAGGGCAUAUCCUCUGAUCUGCAGGGCGACAUAAUACCGCUGACGAUCGAUAAUUAUAAUAGCACCUGCGAUGAGGCGCCAACCACGAUCUCAAUGAAGGGUAGCGGCAACGGCAAAAUGAUGAAGAACGAGCUGCCCUCCGACGAAGAUGAGCAGAUGCUGGUGGUCGAGGAGGAGCAGCCACAGCAGCCUGUGAAGAAGAUAGACCUGCACUGCCGCGAGCGGGUAAAUGACUCAGACAUGGACGACGCACCCUUUGACUACCGCAAGCAGCAGCCAGAAGCAAAUCAGCGUUCGGCGGAGGAGCACAGUACGUCCGGUGCCAAUGGCCAGGCCAUGACCGCACCCCCGCUCAGCGGAGGAGAACGCGAGAUUACACUCAAACCGAAGGCCAUCAAGGCCCAUCCGGUGCUGGAGAGCAACAUGCUGCCAUACACCCAGAUGUCCAUCUACACGCAGUACACUAGUCCCAAGAAUCCAAUCGGUGUAACACCAUUCCAACCCACAGGCGGCGCCUUUAAGUCGAUGCCCAUUAGCCCAAAGGGCAGCGGGAGCAAACUGGAGGACGUUGCGUCCAUGCAGCCACAUAUCAAGCAGGAAGACAUCAAGCAGGAGCCGCCAUCUCCCUACAAGCUGAAUGGUGGUUCGGGAUCCGCUGCCCAAGGGAGCGUGGUCAGUGCCCCGCCACCCAGUAGCGGCAGCGUCGGUGCCAUCUUCAACUUCAAUGUGCCAACGGCGACGGCUUUGAGUCAGAAGCAGUUCCACUACCCCAUGCACCAUCCGCAUCGCAGUCCCACUGAUUUGAGAGCUGCCCACCAGGCGUGUGUUCCAUCUUCGCCGGCGGGCAUGGGACUGGGAGCAGCCAUUGCCACGCCUCCGGCAUCGGCACCCGCCCAGAUCAUGGGAGGCGGACCAGCGCAAGGCCAGAAGAUGUUCUUCGCCAUGAGCAACCCGUACCCCUUUCACCAGCGUUCACACCAGCCGGGCACACCCAGUCUGGAGCACUUGCAGCUGGACGCCUUUACGCCAGGAAGCUACAUAUUCAAGAACCACAAUGGUAUCUCCUCGCUGCCGCCGCCUGUGAGUGCACAGCCUACGAUGCUGCUCCAUGGAUACACGCCAAGCCAUAGUGCCGAACCGCCGGCCAGUUCACCCUCGUACAAGUCGAUGCCAUCCACUCCCAAAUCGGCAACAUAUCUCAUGAGUGCGCCGCCGGAACGAAGUGCUGAGGGUGGCAUGGGUGGCUGUGCAUCUUCAGCGGCGAGUGGAGGCGAUGAGAGCGACAUGGAUGCCGAUGGUCAGCAGUUUAUUCUGGCACCAACGCCGGCGCAGCUGGGACGGGCACCACUUCAGCGGAGGAAAAAUCUAUCUCAAAGCAAGUCGGAGAACAAUGUGUCCUUUGGAGCUAAUCUGGGGGCUAGCAAUGGGCAGCACAUCAGCCGCAAACUACACUCGCCCACAUUUAUGGAUUCCUCUUCGCCGAUCAUUGGCCAUGUGAACAGCAGCAGCCUCAGCUCGGCCCUGCCCACGCCCACGUCCUCGACGACUACGCCGAACAGCGAUGAGCAACUACCUCUGACGCCGACUACCAGCAGCGGCAGCACGGUCAACCAACCGCCCAAGUCUCCGAUGAAGGGAACUCCGGGAUCAGCGGCAGCGGCCCUCAAGAAGAAGAACGAUGAGAUGAAUAACAGUGUGCUUAAGCAAGUGGACUUUGAGAAGAAGUAUAAGGCACUGCCGCAAUUUCAACCGGAGGACUGCCAGUCGCCCAGUGCCAUCGCUGUGCCCUCUUCGCCACGCGUCUAUGGAACAAAUUACCGGAAAAAGAACACAGCUCCGCCGCCGGUGCAGAAGCUAAUUUGCGAGGACGAUUCCAUUGACGAACCAGCUUCGGCACCGCCCACGACUACCCAGCGUUUCUUUGGUCCAGACUUUACCAAUGAGCUUAAGGACGAACGGUUUGUAGAACUGGAGAGCUCUGAUCAAACGGGCCGCUCGCCCAGAACUCCAAAGACACCGCUGCAGAGCGCUCGCUCCGAUGCCAGCGAGAAGGGGCACCGCAAGGUGCUGGAGACGCGCCGCCACCUGGUCAUGCAGCUGUUUGCCGAGCACGGCAACUUCCCCACUGCCCAGGCCACCAUAGCCUUUCAGACCAAGCACAUCGAUGUCUUUCCGCGCAAGCAAGACCUGCAGCUGAAGAUACGCGAGGUGCGCCAGAAGCUGCUGGGCCAGGCAUCCUGCACUCCACACUCGGCAGGUCCCAACACGCCGUCCGACUCCAACUCGUCGUCGACCACAUUAAGUGCCGGCUUGAAUGUGCAGGCCACGAAUGCAGCGGAUGUUUUUCAAUAUUACUAAACUACAGGUGGUCACCAGCAACAGCAUUCUGAGCAGCAACCGCAUCCCGCCAGCAAAGCCACUGAAUCCGAUGCCAAGUACAAGUAAAGUGGAGUGGACAUGGACGAGGAGUUUGGUGGGAACGGGUACAAGACAGGACAACAGAUUGUUUGCUGCAAGUGACAAAAUUACUUAAGGAUAGUAAACGAAUCGACAGCAACAACAAUUGCAGCAACGCACACUCACAAAAUGAUAAGGAGAUACAAAACAAGCUCACACAUAGCUACAGCUCAUGCAUGAGAUGCAUGGUUAACUAGUUUUUAUUAUUAACUGCAAAUAGCGAGAGAAGUUACACAAAGAAAAUAGAAAAUAUUACAAAUUUUUAAUUACAAUAGGCAUACAAAAUAUGUACAAGCAACGUAAUUUGUGAGUAGAGAUGAGUAACUGAUUACGAUUGAAUUUAUUAAGCAGCUUAAUAAAUCAGGAGCAACCAACAGAGGAGAGGUAGAAAUUUUGAUGAAAAUUUGAACUUUUGAAGCACAUAUGAAGUACAUACAUAAAAAACAAAAAAACAUACAUAAUGAAUACAUUGUAUAAUCCCCGCGUAACGGCUUAGGUUUUAAUUUACAGGCGAAACUGCAACUAACAAAUUGGAAGAGCUAAGAAAAACUACGGAAAUAGAGGUUAAGCUUUAACUUAAAUUGCACAUUAAUUUUGAAGUGUAUUAAGCACAAGCAAAGAAUUGUAUAAAUCAAACAGUAAGAAACUUGAAAUGAACACUGUAGUUGUAUUGUAUAUUUAGUCUUAAAAUUUUUAACGAGAACAAAUCCCCACAAAACACCCAUUUGCAACAUCUAAAUGCUUUUAAACUGUUUGCUUUUGUUUUCAAAGUUUAUGCGAAAACAAACCCUUUUAAAUUGUAUGUACAUUUCUAUUAAUUGGCUUUUUACACUGUUGUCUAAUUGAAUUAUAAUUUAUAUAUAUAUUUUUAUUAUUAUUAUUUUAGCUUAGCCUGUUUUUAAAUUGUACACACACCGAAAAAUAAACUUCAAAAAGAAAAUAAUUGAAAGAAAUUUAUUACAGACGAUUAAAAGAAAAAGAAAAAAGAGAGAGAAUGAGAGAACUAACUGUCUUCCACUGUUGCUGCAAUAUACUAUUUAAUAUUGUUUACCAUUUCGGUUGAAUUACAUUUAGUUGUACAUUUAUGUUUUAAGUGUGUGACUGCAUUUUAUUCAUAUGCAAAAUUAUGUUCAUUGUGAAUUGUUAAUUAUUUAAUGUUGGUCGCAGAUCUAUGUUUUGAAUAAUGUGGCUUUUUUUAACUUAAGUACUUCUUCUUCUAAUAUCAGUCACAGAUCUUACGUAAUUUUCAUGUGUUUUCCCCGAAAAAGCAACAGUUGCAAAUAAUUCGUAAAAUUUAUAAAAAAUCUUACAGAUAUAUACACUCAAAUUAAACAAAAGCUAGUGACGCGGAAAUUUAUAGUAACAAUAUUCACAUUGUAGUUAUUACAAUCAUUAAAAUAAAUAAAAUCAUCAAUAUACAACAUGUGCAUUAAAUUGAAUGCCGCUUCAUUUUAAUUUCAUUCUUGCUGGACGCUGCAAUUAUAUAAAUCAACAAGAGCAAUACAACAAAAUUAACAAAUUUGUAAAAUGUAAACUCACGUAGUCGUUUAUAAUGUUUUAAUUUCGUGUUUAACAAUAAUUUAAUUAUACUUUCUUUAUGAUGUUUAGUUAUAAUUAACUAUUAGUUAUUUGUAUUAAUUAGUGAACAAACGAAAUUUUAUAUGAUAAAAAGCGAAAGAGCGUGUAAGCUGUAGUGUGUUAAUGUUAAAAAAUACAAAUAAAAACUAAAAUAAAACCAAGUUUAUAAGAAAAUUCGAA